AUGGUUAAUAUCAAUUCCAUUGGUACUGUUCUCGUCAUAAAUUGUUUAAGAACUAUUGCUUCUCAAUUUAAUGUCAUUAUUGAUGGAGAAGACCAUGGAAAUUCAGAUAGGGCAGUCAAUGCAUCCCAAUACAUUAGUUUAGCCGCGAAUAUUUUAGUUGCAUUGUAUUUCAUUAUCCGCUGUAUCUUUGAAUUAGUUGGUACCAAACUUUUCUCCGAUGAUGGAAUUUCAGACUUUUCUUUGAUGCCAAUUUUUCUAUCUGUCAAUGGUAUAUACCAAGAAUUGUCGGCUUACAUUCGUAUGAGGCAGAUUACUAAUCAAUUAGAUAGUCUUCCAUCAAUUAAACCGGAAGAAGACGAUGUUUGCAUUAUUUGCAGAUUAGGAUACGAAGGAGAGGAAGCCAAAAGACUUCCUUGCGGUCAUACUUUCCAUGCAAAUUGCCUUGAAAGAUGGGUUAAAAGUCAUAACAGGUGUCCUAUUUGCGAACAAGAAAUUAAGUUCGAUGGAACAAUGGUCAACAUGUAUGAAACUCACACUCACAACCCUGAUGAUGAAAAUCAUGACCAUGAAGAAAAUCAAAAUAAUAAUCCAGGAAAUAAUGAGUUCGGUGAAGAAUUCCAUGAUCAUGAUCACGAGGACAAUAUGAUUCAUAAUGAAUUUAACAAUAAUAAUGAUUUCCAACAGCAAGAAAUUUUUAAUAACGUUCCAAACAAUCAUUUUGAUCAAAAUGAUAAUAGAAUGCAAGGUGAAGUUGACUUCCGACAGUAUGAUGACGAUCGCGUCGAAGAAGAAGAUCCAAAUACGUUCAAUUUCGCUGAUUUCAACGAUGGUAACUGA